AGCAGCUGUCGGAGAAUUGGAAUUGAAUCUUCUCUCUCUGGCCCUGUUCAAGAUUCCAUCCCCUCUCUUCAUAUGUUUAUAUUAAGAAGACAUAGUAGCAACAUUCGGCCUAAAUUGUAAGCAGGAAUGUAUCAUCAGCAAGGGAAGAGCAUUCAAGCUUCAACAAGAAUGCCGGAAUACGAGGAUUCAACGCUAGUUCUCUCCACGGAUGCUAAGCCGAGGCUGAAGUGGACUCCGGACCUGCACGAACGCUUCAUCGAAGCAGUCAACCAGCUCGGCGGAGCAGAGAAAGCCACUCCAAAAUCAGUUUUGAAACUUAUGGGAAUUCAAGGCCUCACUUUAUACCACUUGAAGAGUCACCUUCAGAAAUACAGGCUGGGUAAAAACAUUAAUGGGCAGGCAUACAAGCAUUCCAUGCCGCCGGAAACCGGAUCACAAACCAACAUCCCAAACACAGUAAACCAGACAAACAAAAACACGCACUUAGGCGAAGCCAUAGAAAUGCAGAUUCAAGUGCAAAGAAGGAUACACGAACAGCUCGAGGUGCAGCGGCAUUUGCAGCUGAGGAUCGAGGCUCAGGGUAAAUAUCUGCAGUCUGUGCUAGAGAAGGCGCAGGAGACCCUCGGGGGCCAAAACAUGGGAACCAUCGGGCUCGAGGCAGCUAAGGUCCAGCUAUCCGAUCUGGCGUCGAAGGUCUCCACGCAAUGUUUGAAUGCUGCAUUCCCACAUCUAUCAGGCCUGUGCCUGCACCCAGCGGAUUGCUCCAUCGACAGCUGCUUGACCUCGUCGUCCACUCUCAGGGACCAGGAGUCGUACAAUAGUCUCGUCGGCUUCAGACAGCCGCGCAAGGACAACAACAACGGCAACAGUGAUUCAGCCUGCAUGAAGCAGAGAUGGAAUGAUGGCGGAAUGUUUGACAAUCUGUCGAUUGGGAUUGGAGCUGAAGCAGAUGAUCUGAUGAAAAUGGAGAAGAUGAAUAAUACGACGUCGAAUCAGAUGCAGUUGCCGUUGUUUACGAGCAAACUGGAUCUCAACACGGACGACGCGGGCUCAAGCUGUAAGCAGUUGAAUUUGAACGGGUUCACAUGGUGCUAAUGCAUACGGACAUUUGUACCUAAAUGGGUUGAGAUGAUGCAAUUCAGAUCAAAAUUUAGUAGUACUAUUUCGUAGUCUCUUUAUUCCUUUUGGUUAAAAAAGUCUUAGUAUAAAAAUUGCUGGUUUUUUCAUAGAAUCAAAUAAUAAAUUACUUGUCUUCUUUCUGACUCAAA